CAGGAAUACACUCUUAAAGGGACUGUUCGAGAUGAAUCUGUGGCACGCCUUCUUUCAGAGCCUUCGUCUGGCAUUUCUCCAUGAGAGACAAGAACAAGCAGUAAAUUUCCUGGACACCUGAACAUCUUCGAAUAUUUGUUCAGAGACUGCGAAAUCACUGAGUAUGCAUCAUGCAUUCUCUCCCCUGAUCCUUCUGCCAAGAUUAUCCUGUCGGGGAGGGUGGACUUCAAGGAGGUGAAUGCAUGUGGCAGAAGAAUGCCAAUAGAAAUCAAGGUUGACAUAGACGGCUUUCCGGCAACCGAUAACGUCACCAAACACGGCUUCCACGUCCACACCUACGGCGACUUGGCUAAUGGCUGUGGUGGUGCCGGUGGAUACUACAACCCAUUCAACGUCACCCACGGAGCACCGGAAGACCGUACGAGACAUAUUGGAGACUUCGGCAACGUUGACGUUCCCAAAGACGGCCGCCUGACGACUUCGUUAACUGACCGCCUUGCAAGCCUUAAAGGCGACCAGAGCAUCAUGGGAAGGGCUAUUGUGGUUCAUGAAGGAUUGGAUGAUCUUGGCAGGGGAAACAACUCUGCCAGUCUUGAGAACGGCAAUGCUGGUGCCAGACUGGCCUGCUGUGUGAUCUACGCAGCUGACGGCUCUCAGUGGAAGGAGACAUAAAGAGAUUGUAGUGCUGGUUUGAGGGUUGUAAAAUCGGUUUAUUAAUGAACAAGACUGCAGGAAUGAAGAGAAACAAAUAAAUGAUAAAAGUAA